AGCUCCAAAGACCUUACUUUGGGAGGAGGAGUCUCCUCAAUAGAUUUUCUCCUUCUUACCUGGUUUGGGAGCUCGGGAACCAUUACGAUUCCCAUUCUUGCCCUUUGGAAGCUAGUAAGGUUCUAGAGUGACAACAUGUGAUGUUCCAGAGGGAUUGGCCAGGGGAUUGCAUAGGUCGUCCGGGAGAGAGCUUGUUCUUUGUAAAUUUGUAGAAAUCAUACAUAUUAUAAAUCUCCAUUUGCUCACCCCCCCCCCUACCCACCAUGGAGUCUAACAAGGGGAAGCCACAGGGGUAGUGAGUAAAUUUACGCAGUCAUUAUUACAGUGCAAAAAGUAGUCAUGGCACCUAUGCGCGAUCGACUGGACAGGGCCUGCUUGACCCUAGCCAUAUUUGACCAGCCGAUUGACUUGACCGGGCCUUGAUCAGGCUACCCGUCUAACCAGAAUAGAGGACCAAAGAGGUGUGUUGCUAGCUGCAGGGCGCAGCGUGCAGCAUCGCUCAACCUCCAGGACUCCUGUCUCCUGAUAAUACGGGACGCCACCCACGGCAAACACACGUGGGAGAGUUCUCCCUGGUUCAAGGUGGAAUGAACCAAGGGUGGGUGCAUCAUCCCCUCUCAUAGGCCUUGGUGCACCAGGAAGACAUUUUGUCUCAUCCCUUACUGGUUACCCCUCCAGUAUGGGUAGCCCUCUGGUUCGGCUCACCAGAUCAUUGAGACCUGCAGCAAGGCAGUUUCCGUUAGGGGGGCAAACUUUCCAGAAGCUGGAGAGAGCGAGUUCUUUCCAUGGGAAGAACAUUUGUCAGCCAUCUCCGUUUCCAAUAAUUCAAGAUAAUGUUCGUCUGUACAGACUUUUUGUGAAUAAAUGCUCUUCAUUCAUCUAUAUAUUUGGAUUAACUUUUUUCAUAUGAAAAUAUAUAAUGCUCACUCAUAACCAUUAUUUACGUUACGUAAUAGUGCAUGAAUUCUUUUUACAUAAAAUCUCAACUUACGACAGACGGCCUAAUAGGCAUUAAUCAAAAAUAUAAUCCCUAAUGAACAUUUUUCUGAGUUGGAUAUACUCUGCACAGGCGAUUACAAACAAUGGGCAGAGCCAUAACAAUGACGUCAUGGUUGGACAGAACUGGCAGAAAACCUUAACAGCUCACCGAAGUUUGAAAACUGUAAAAGAGGCCUUAAUAUAUAGUGAUUUCCAUUUCGAGACGGUAUGAAACCUGAGAGUGUGUCGCAAGAAACUUUCUGAAAGGGUAAGUCUGGGAUAUUGUACUUAAGGUGCAGGUUCAUGUGUACUUCCUUCAUAGUAAGGGCACCGUUUACCUGGUUACCUUGUGGAUGAGGUGUGGAAAAAGAAGCGCUGUUGAGCUAAAUGAAUUGCCUUUUGUUUACCCCAGUGUGCUGCUACUUUUAAUUCAUGAAGAAGGGUAAGGAUCCGACCUUUUAAGUUUUCAGGAACUACUACGAGCUUGCGUAAUGCCAUGAGCUUCUUUAUUUAUUUAUGCCUAGUUUUGUAGCAUAGUAGACCGUUGUCGUCGAGGUAUGAUUAAUAAACUCGAACGCAACUAUUUGGGCAAAGUUUCUCAUUUCUAAUAAGUGCAUCAAUUAAGGGACUGUGUAGAUGAUCGUUCCGUUGUGCUUGCCGAAUCUAAUCUUCGGUAGGGUGGUCUAGGGGAAGAGCAGCUGAAGUAGCCAAGACCGGAGUGAUGGGAGAACAGGAAUCUAAAUUAUGGUGGCCAGCAAUGCGGUUGUUAUGACUCGGCCGGUUCUCGUCCUCCGAGGAGUGGUUCGCGGGAGGCACGGCUGUGUUAGCCAAGACCGGUGCAAUAUCAGAAAACUGCGUGAUACAAAGGUGUGCGAGGAAGCUCUGUCGAGUAGGUGAACGAGGGGGGCGCGUGAAAGUGCGUCAGCGAUGACAUUGUAUUUUUCGGGUAAAUGCACAAUUGCGAUAAAUUCUGCUAAAAUUUCAAUUGUGCGCGCGCGCCGCCCAUGCGGGUCGUUGCCCUUAAAUAAGGAGGUGAGAAGUGCAUGAUCAGUGUGAAACUCUACUUGAUAUCCCAAAAUAAGUGCCCAUGUGAUACUAUGAUGAGUUGUGUGGUAACGCUUCGCCGCAGAAUUGAGUGCGCGACUGGCAAAUUCACGGAGAGGAAAAUUGGUGGAACCAGAAACGAGUUGGGCGGGCGCAGGAAUCUGGGGUGGCCUUGUGGCCAUGACCUGCGGCCUGACGGGGCUACUUGCCCAUAAACUCUGGUACAAGAAUUUUAGCAUCAAGACGUUCUUGGUCGCCUCUGUGACUUCUGUUGUUAUUCACAUAAUGGCCAUUGUCCUCACGGUCUAUGCCGUCAUUAAUCGACACGAACAUUACCGCUACCUGAUGGAGGAGGCCGAAAAGAACCCUUGGUAUCGUCCAUAUAACCUAGAGGAAGAGGAGCAUCAGCUGACCCUAAGCAUCAGUAUCAAUCAGCUAGUAGGAUUUGCCUUUGAACUGAUUUUGUCCUUGUGGUCGAUGCAUAUAGGAUGGCAGGGCGUGUGUGCUGAGGAGUUCACUUCGCUUAGGAAGGAUGUUGGCUUGCCAAGGGAGAUCAUUCCUUCGACCUUGACAAAUCGUGGCCAACAAGUGCCAGUCUCUGCUAUCUACCAACUAUUACAAACUCACCCAGAAUUAAUGGCGCUUAAAGGUAAUGGAAAUUUUGAACCAGCUUGGGAGCUGGACGAACGACAACCCCACUUUCCUAUGGAUUAUCAAGAGAGGUUCAACUUCUACCUUACUCGUGGUAUUGAGGAUGGCAGUCUAUCUCCCUCGAGCGACAUUGUCGACAUUCGAGAUACUCCGUCACCUGACGGUGGUCAUGGGUCUCCUGCUGCGAGUUCUACUGAGGCUGUUGUGUUCCCUGUGGCUAAAAACCGGCCGAGUAAAACUGGCCUCAAACAUAACGAAGAAAAUAGUUACUCAAACAAAUCGCUUGGUGAACGUAAAAAACACACAGAAAAUGGAUCUGAGUUCCGAUCUCCAGCACCAAAAUUCCAAGUCCAAAAUGCAGAUAAAACAAAUGGCUCAGAAAUAAAAAUCGAUCUUUUAAAAAAAACACAGAAAAGCGAUAAGAAAGAAGAGUAUCAAAUACUUGAGGAAAUGGGAACAUCUGAAAAAAUACCUUCAAAUACUGAAAAUGCAACUAUAAAUACAACCAAAAAAAGCACACACAGCAGGGCGGGAAUAAUGAAUAAGAACGAAGAAACACUGAAUGAUCAAGCAAAAAGACUCGGUGAAAAGGAAACAAAAGGCGAGAAAAAUAAAAAAAUAAGAACAGACCAACUAAGCGAUAUUUCCGAGGAAAAUCAAGAAUCGGACAAGAAACAGAAGCGUGUAGAGCAAGCCGCUGAAACAAGAAUGAAUGAGGACAGUCACGGAAACAAAAAUCCGUUAAAUCGUCGGGAAUAUGACCCGGAAGAAACCAAUGCAGAAGAACCACUGGACCUCAUUACGAACCUGAAGCCUCCCAGCCAGUUUCAGGACUUGUAAUAAUCUCUGCAGUCUUCGAGUAAGCUGUAGGAAUAAAUUUUAUUGAGUGUAUAAAAAGUUGAUGUUUCUACUGAACGUAAUUAAGGUUGCUUGUGUUAUUGUAAAGCCCGAAACUGACAAUUUAUUGACGUAAUGGAGAAUUACAAUUCAUUAAAUUCCAUACAUACAGUUCAGUCAUA